GGUGUAUUCUUCCCGUCAGUGACGGGUAUAUUCACGGGCGCGAGUAUGUCGGCCGACCUUAAAGAUCCGGCCACUGCUAUACCGAAGGGAACAUUUCUGGCCAUUGGCACCACUUCUCUCACUUAUGCUAUCAUUAUAUUGUUUACCGGCUCUACAAUUGUUGCCUAUUCUUCGGGUAAUAUAAACGAUACUUUAGGCAACAACAGGACGUGUUUGGGUGACUGUCCGUACGGUUUGAUCAACGACUACCAAACAAUGGCAAUGUCCGGGGCUUUGGCCCAAACGAGCCUUAAAGUGGAUCCAUUGAUUUAUGCGGGAAUUUUUGCCGCAACACUUUCAUCAGCAUUGGGUUGUUAUACCGCCGCCCCAAGAAUUUUCAAGGCCUUCGCUGAAGACAAUCUGAUUCCAUUCAUCUCGUGGUUUGGCAAAGGAUACGGUCCUUCAAAAGAUCCCAGACAUGGAUAUGUGAUAACAUUCAUAAUCGCCGCCUUAUUUAUAGCUAUCGAUGACGUGAAUAUAGCGGGUGUUUGGAUCGCCAACUUCUACCUAGGUGCUUUCUUUAUGGUCAAUGUCUCUCUAUUUUACGUUUCGUGGGUCAGUUCGUUGAGCUUUAGGCCCAGCUUUAAGUUUUACAACAAAUGGAUCAGUCUUUUCAUUGGCAUAAUCUGUGUUUUCCUUAUGUUCCUCUUUGAUCCACUUUCUGGUGGCAGUGUUUGUGUGCUCACAGUCUUAAUAUACAUAUCGAUGCUUUUUGUGAAUCCAACUAAGGCCAAUUGGGGUCCGUCGACCGAGGAGCAAUUCUUUAAUAUAGCUCGGCAUCUCACAUUUCGUUUAAAUGUGCAAGAUGAACAUGUUAAACACUAUAGACCUAUGAUCUUAUUGCUAAGUGGUAAUCCAACCAAUCGGAUAGCGCUGGUCGAUAUGGCUAACCAUAUGACUAAACGAUAUGGUCUGUUAUUAUUGGCACACAUAGCUCAGGGACCCAUCCCUUUCCGCACCAAAGAUGAGAUCACUUCCAAACAGAAGCAAUGGCUUAAGAAUGAGAAUAUAAAUGCAUUUUACAAACUCAUUGAAUCCGAUUCAGUGAGUGUCGGCGCCAAAAGCUUUAUUCAGGCGUCGGGAAUCGGAAAAUUCACACCAAAUAUAGUUAUGUUGGGUUAUAAAAGCAAUUGGCAAUCCUGUGAUUCCCUCGAUCUUAUCGACUAUUAUCAGAUAAUUCACUCAAUUUUGGACAACAAUUUAUCGCUAAUAAUAUUACGAUUGAGAGAAGGCCACGAUUUCUCUGCCUAUUUAAACAUUGAGUGCUACAAACCUAAGAAUAGUUCGCCUCAUUUGCAUCACACGAGAAAAACAAGUGCUAUAUUUUCGAUAUCAAAGUCAAUGACUUCUCACAAUUCAAUCAACGAUUUCAAAGAUUUGGCUAAUUUUGAGCCAAAUGUGGACCAAUUGGCCAAUCGGUUCAAAACACAGCAGACAAAGGGAACGAUCGAUGUUUGGUGGAUAUACGAUGACGGGGGGCUCACUCUUCUCAUUCCCUUUAUACUCAAAAACGAUGCCCUUUGGAGGGGAUCUAAGCUCCGGGUCUUUUCGGUGACCAAAGACAUGAAUGAGAUUAAUAACCAACAGAAUAGGUUAGGCAUCGCUUCAUUAUUGAAUAAGUUUCGCAUUCCUUACUCUGCAGUGCGAGUGCUCUCAAACUCGGACCAAAUGCCAUCCGCCGAGACAAAAAAUCGAUUCAUAAAAUUAAUGUCAAAAUCGAUGUCCGCAUUGACUGACGAACAGACAGUAGACUCUCUUCAAGAGGAAGUCAUACGAUUCAAAGAUAAAACAAAUAGAUAUUUACGUCUUCGGGAACAGAUUGCGGACAACUCGAGGAAUGCCACUCUUGUGGUGAUGACAUUACCCAUACCUCGUAAGCAUAUGGUGUCGGCCAUACUCUAUAUGGCAUGGAUUGAGACACUGACCGACAAUAUGCCACCGACAUUACCCAUACCUCGUAAGCAUAUGGUGUCGGCCAUACUCUAUAUGGCAUGGAUUGAGACACUGACCGACAAUAUGCCACCUAAAGUCUUAUUGAUUUUUCCCAAAGGAGUUUUAGGCAACUCUUUCAGUAUAACGAGUCCUCCUCUCAGUCUCUUAACAGUGUUGACGAGUCCAUCGAUGUAU